AAGGAAGAGGAGAAGGUGAUCACUUUGAUGGCCAGUGUUGCCUUCCUUUUGGUGUCUCUUUUGAUUGGUGUCCCAGUUACUCCUCAUUGCCCUGCUCUAGCUACGGUAGCAGAUCUCCUGUGAUAGCAUGAACGCUGUAGCCAUGAAGUACAUGUAGUGCACCAUGUCAUGCCGUCCGAGUCGCCAAGGUGUAGUGGUAGUGGUGAUUGGUGUGGCGAUUCUCGUGGUAAUCUUUCAGUUUCUGCAAGAUGCCAAGAACAUUGAUGAGGCUGAUGCCAGUGAAACCAAGGCAAAAGACUCUACUACUGCCACAGUUGCAUCCUCAUUGCCGUUGAGCAAAAAUACAAGUUCCUCCACUAUAGACUUUUCGUGGCGCAAGUCUUCUCGACUACCAAACUGGAUGAAGGACUAUUUUGACUGGCAUGUACAAGAACGAGCUCGACUGGACGCAAACCCGUUGGAGUGGGAAUCCUUUCGAUUUCUCGUCAUGAGAUGUUACAAAGGCGACAAUUGUGGAGGAACGGCCGAUCGUUUGAAAUCGCUUCCUCUGUUGGUACUUUUGGCGGCCGAGUCGAAACGAUUGCUAUUGCUAAAAUGGGGAAAUCCCUUUGACUUGGAAGAAUUCUUGAUGCCUCACGAACUCAACUGGACGGUUCCCAGCGAGAUGAGACAUGUACUGGCAUCCUCCACUGUGCCACGCCGAAAACCACCAACGACCGUCCAAAAGCUAGAAAAAUUUCUGUACGCCAAUCACACCAUUGUGGGAGCGAAAUUGCAGAUUCCCAGUGCAUUUUACGAUACGGACAAGUGGAAACAAUCACCAUUGACUACGAGUAUUACUAGUACACGGACUCAAUCUACUGUCACCAAUUCAGACGAAGACUCGCGGAUGCUCUUUCACGAUUUGUGGAAGAUCCUCUUCCAGCCUUCGGCACCCGUGGCGGAAAUGAUCCAACACGAACUAAAAGCGAUUUCUUCUACUUUGAAUAUCCAAUUGACUCCUGGCACCUACAUUGCCGCUCAUUUGCGGGCCAAAUAUCCCGGGGAACCCUAUCGAGAUGCACAAGAACGAAACAACCCAGAAAAAGAACAAAUCCUCCAACACGAAGUGACACAGGCGCUGCAAUGCGCAUCACACUUGAAACCCAAGGUGCCAAUCUACUUUGCCGCCGAUGCCACACAGGCUACCGAAUUCGUGCAACAGCAGUAUCAUCAUCCCACCAAUAAGAGACACAUUGCCACACUCCAAUCGCAACGAGCGUCGGAAGUGCAUUUGGCAUUUGCCAAGUUAGACGAUCCCACCGGAUAUUUUCCCAUUUUUGUCGAUUUAUGGAUUCUGGGAAAUGCCGACUGCGUGAGUUACGGACGAGGGGGAUUCGGUCAGUUGGCCAGUUUGAUGAGCUACAAUGCCAGCUGUCAGCAGAUUCGAAGUCGUUCAUCCUGCGAAUGGAAAGAUUGAUUGGUGAUGGUGUCUCUCUUUUUUUGAUGACGGCAUGUCACUAUUAUGAGCAGCGGUUUCAUUCAUGACGUGCGGGGUCAGCAAAUCGUACGCUUUGGGAUCUAUAAAAGAAAAAUUCUUCCGUCCUCGGCGUUCUGCUCUGGAGAAACAUCUGCGGCGACCUUUGCACUUGCUCCCACAUCAUCACCCUGCGAAUGGCAAGAUUGAUUUAUGGUGUCUCUGGCAGACCCCGCACCGCCCUGUAGCAAAGACGCGCUUUGGGAUCCAACAAGGAAAACAGUUCUGUCCCCACGGUUCUCCUUUGGAGAAGCAUUUGCGAGAAGCCAAGGCUUCCAGUGAGAUUUAGACCAGCCAAGCUCCUGCCACAAGAAUGGCUCUUGAAGCCACACGGCGUUAGUAAAUCAGGCAGUUAACUCUUUCUACGACCGGGGAGAGCCACCGACUAGAAGCCUCCACCCCACAGGCCCAAAAAAUGAUUCGAUAAUAGUAGAUGCAUCCCUUAUUUCUAGAUUCCGAAAGGGCGCAAGGCU